AUGUCCUGCCAGCAGAGCCAGCAGCAGUGCCAGCCCCCACCCAAGUGCCCCUCACCCAAAUGCCCCCCAAAGAGCCCAGCACAGUGCCUGCCUCCAGCCUCCUCCAGCUGUGCUCCAAGCUCGGGGGGCUGCAGUGGUCCCAGCUCUGAGGGCGGCUGCUUACUGAGCCACCACAGGCGCCGCAGGUCCCACCGCUGCCGGCGCCAGAGCUCCGACUCCUGCGACAGUGGCAGCGGUCAGCAGUCUGGGGGCUCCGGCUGUGGCCACAGCUCUGGGGGCUGCUGCUGA